CUUCUCCUUCCGACCUCCCAGCUCUCCAUCUCAAUGCCGACUUCUCAACAUACUUGGUGUAUUGUUGUCCUUCUUCUCAUAAAUUCAAGCCAAACACUGUGCCAUACCAAAGGUAUCCGACCAAGGAAGUCGGCAGGUUCGAACUUAUCGACCAAUAUGACAAAUACCCAGUUAGCAGAACAACAAUUCAUGAAAUGGGUCACAUUUGUUGGAAGCCUCAGACACUCUCUCUUCUCCACAGCAAAGAACAAACUCUUCCCUUCUUAUACUCUUACUGUUCAUAAAAACCCGGCUGCCGGAGAUUUUACAUCGAUUCAAGAUGCCAUUGAUUCACUUCCAUCCGUUAACCUUGUGAGGGUUGUUAUCAAGGUCAAUGCCGGAGUCUAUACGGAGAAAGUGAAUAUACCACCAUUGAAAUCCUUCAUAACCAUAGAAGGAGCAGGAGCGGAUAAAACAAUUGUCCAAUGGGGAGACACAGCUCAAACACCUGGGCCGAAUGGACGGCCCAUUGGUACCUUCAAUUCUGCAACUUUUGCCGUGAAUUCCCCUUAUUUCAUAGCUAAGAACAUUACUUUUAAGAACACAACACCCCUACCGCCACCGGGAGCAAUUGGAAAGCAAGCAGUAGCAUUCAGAAUUUCCGGAGAUACGGCAGCGUUCUGGGGCUGUAAAUUCUUCGGCGCACAGGAUACACUCUAUGAUCAUCUAGGUAGACACUACUACAAAGACUGCUACAUUGAAGGCUCUGUGGAUUUCAUCUUUGGCAAUGGUCUCUCACUGUUUGAGGGAUGUAAUGUGCACGCAAUAGCUCAGAAAUAUGGAGCUGUGACUGCCCAAAGCAGGAUGAGCCUCCUAGAAGACACUGGGUUUUCAUUUGUCAACUGUAGAGUCACUGGCUCAGGAGCUCUCUAUCUUGGGAGGGCAUGGGGUACCUUCUCCAGGGUCGUCUUUGCCUAUACCUAUAUGGACAAUAUUAUCAUUCCCAAAGGCUGGUAUAACUGGGGAGACCCUAACAGACAAAUGACUGUAUUCUAUGGACAAUACAAAUGCACGGGACCCGGAGCAAGUUUCGCGGGAAGAGUUUCAUGGUCAAGAGAACUCACCGACGCUGAGGCCAAGCCUUUUACUUCACUGACCUUCAUUGACGGAUCUGAGUGGAUCAAAUUCUAAUUUAUAUUAAUACAUGUCUCCUCAUUAGUUAACUAAUCAGCAGUGUAAAGUAUUGUUUUUA